AUGGGCCACGAACCGCGAGCGAAACGCCGCAAGGUCGCCGCCGACGAUCCGCACGCCGUCUUCCGCUGCCAGCAUCCCGGCUGCGCAUCCGCCUACCGCCGUAAAGAGCACCUCAACCGCCAUGCUCAACAGCACACCAAGGAGCCGAGAUAUGCCUGCAACUAUUGUUCGCGGAAGUUUUUCCGCAGAGAUAUCCUGCGCCGGCACCUUGAGCUCCACGAUGAAGACAUCGAGCUGACCAGGUCCCGUACCUCAAAGGCAUGCGACGUCUGCCGCUCUCGCAAAACUCGCUGUGACGGCAACACCCCGUGCCGGACGUGCUCAGAGAAGGGUUUGGCUUGCACCUACAACGGCCUAGGAGGCAAUAACAAUAUCCACCACUUGCCCCAUAACCAUGCUGCCCCCGCCGCGCCGCCGCCGCCGCCGCCGCCGCCGCUACCGCAGCUGCAAACUCAAGACGACGAUCUCUGCAGCGACGACAACGGCAGCGCCACACCAACACCAACCCACCCCUACUUCUUCAUCGAGAACGCCUACGCCGAGAACGACGUCGACAACGAUCAGCUCCCCACGCCGCGCGCCCUGCUACCACAGCAACAGCCGCCCCCGCCGUUAUUCGACGUCGACUCGGUCGACCCCACCAUGCAGACGCAUGAUCUGUCGUCGUACGCCGCCUCAAUACCACAGCCCAAUCAUUUCGGCUUCGCCCUCGACGCCUCGAUGCUCAUCCCCGACAACUUCUCGCUCGACGACGACGGCGGUCUGAGUGCCGGCUUGGGUGGUUUGGACUGUAGUGAAAGCGGUGGUCAUGCCUGGGCCAACUUCCCCAACCUCGCCUGCAUCCGCCGCCACAUCGAUGUCUUCUGGCGCGUCUUCCACCCCAAGUGGCUCUUCUUGCACAAAGGGUCGUUUCGCGCGGAGCGGGAACCGCCGUUCUUACUGCUAUCAAUGGUCACGGCGAGUCUUUGGAUGGGCUGCAGUGGAGGCAGCGGUGCUGUAGACGAUGGCGGCAGUCAGGCGACGGCAAGCCGGAUCGUGGCGCUGGAUCUCCACAGGCGGUUGAUGGUGAUGCUGUAUCAGCAGCGUGACAAAUGGCUCAUCCCCCCCAACGCCGCCGACCGCGCCACCACGCCCUGGCCCCUCGCCACCCUCCAAGCCAUGCUGAUCCACCUCAUCCUCGCCGCCUUCUACGGCCUGCCCCUCGCCUCGCCGGGGCCCGCGGACCACGUCCAGCACCCGACGCACAACGCCCGCGUCCUUCUCGCCGACCUCGUCGCCACCUGCCGCCGCCUUGGCGUCUUCGACUACCCGACCAUGAUGCGCGUGUUCGGCGGCGGCGAGAAGCAGAAGGAGGUGAUGGGAAUCGUGACGUGGGUGAGGGUCGAGGAGGUGAAGAGGUUGGCGGUGGGGUUGUGGAGGGUGAGCGAGUGGGUGGGUGGUGGAUUGGGAGGGGGAAGCGGAGACGGAGGCGGAGGAUUGGAGGGAGGCGCAGGCUUGUUGUCGUGGAGGGAGUUGAGGUUCGAGGCGCCGGAGCCGGAUGAGUUGUGGACGGCGGAGGGGGUCAGGGAGUUUUUGGCUCGAGUGUCUCCAACUGGCUCUGUCCAAAGCGGGCCGUGGUCUUCAUCCAUCGAAAGCAGCGAUGACCGCCGGGAAUUCCGACUCGGCUUGGGGCUUGAAUACGAAAAGGCUAUCGAGCUUGAAUCCGUUCCGACACCUUCUUCGCAAGCGCAACUUCUCUUCUCGGAGAACGAAAACAACGACAAGUCUGAUCCCCCGAACACUGCUUCAUCCGAAAACGCUCCCAUCCAAUUAACUCGAGCACAGCGCCUGAUGGACUGGUGGUUCUGGGAAUCACUCAGUGUCACUCUCAGUACAGCCUGCGUCAUCUCUAUGGCUAUUGUACUUGGCUUGAUCAAUGGCAAGCGGCUCUCAGAAUGGACCCUGCCGAUACGCCCCAAUGCUCUCAUUUCCAUAUUCGCCGCCAUCGCUAGAUCCGCGCUGCUACUGCCGCUCACCGAAUGCAUCAGUCAGGCCAAGUGGCUCCACUUCUCUAAACAUCACAGGCGUCUUCAGGACCUCCAAACAUUCGACGAUGCGAGCAGGGGCCCUUUGGGCUCCAUUCUGUUCCUUGGGAGGAUGUACAGAAAGGCUUGGCUGGCAUCGCUUGCUUGCUUGAUCAUCAUAGCGGGUAUGGCUGUGGAUCCAUUUGCUCAACAGAUCAUCGAUUACCCACUUCGUCCUGUUCCAAGCGAGCACGGCAGUGACGCCACGACCCGGGUUACCCAGAUAUAUGAUACGGGACACGACAAUCAAAGUGGCAAUUUGUUCGGCAUGUAUGCAGACUCCGAUAUGCAGGCAGCAGUACUAGGCGGCUCACUCGACCGCCCUCUUGGUCCGCCUUUCCACUGCCAAACCGGAAAUUGUACCUGGCCUGAUCUCAUCACCCUUGGUGUUUGCAACAGAUGCGCUGACAUUACUGGCCAAAUAAACGAGACUUGCACAAGCAAUCGUAUGAAGGGAGAAGAAAGAGGAUCCGUCAUAAAUGAGACUUUCUGCUCUUUGAAGGCACCAUCAGGGAUGUCUCUACAGCAGACGUAUACAAUUUACGAAAAACAUCGCCCGAAAAAUCGUUCAAACAGAUGGGAGCAGUUUGUAUCAACAACCGACCUACCAAUCAUUGCCAACAAGCAGAUCAAUCUCUAUGAAACGAACGUUGACCUUGGUUUGGUCACGGUACAUGGGAAUAUCUCCCAUCACUUUUUCAUGAAAGACCUCGGGCACUUGGACCACGAUAGCAUAUUCCGACCUUCGCGCCAAUACACCGAAUGCACGUUCUACUGGUGCAGUCGCAGUUACUCUGACUUUCGCAUCAGCAAUGGCACAGUUCAGCAGGGGCUUAUAACAAGUGCGCCCUUGACGGCUGGAGAAACCAACAUAACGGGAUUCUCCACUGGAGAAAAAACAAUGAUCAAUCUGACCGCCCCGUCUACCUUUCCUGGGAAUACCUCCUUCAGCACAAACUUAGCUGGGAUGGCCAGCACAGCCCAUAUGAUGGGUCUUGUGUUCACCACCGAACUGACGAACCAGAUCGCAGCUCAAACAGGAUCUGACUCAUACCUCAAACUCGACUACACAAUCUUCAAAGCCGAUAACCUAUCGCGCACUAUGGAUGGCCUCGCCGAGAGCAUGUCCAAUACGAUCCGCCAGUGUGGCAACGCAACCGUCGUCCACGGCCUCGCCUUUCGCGAUGAGACGUACAUGCACGUCCGCUGGGUGUGGUUCAUUCUGCCUGCUUCUCUGGUGUUCUUUACCGCUGUUAUCUUGAUUGUAGCUGCUAGGGUUAAUAGCCGGAGUGACGUCGUUUUGUGGAAGUCAUCGAUGUUGCCGCUGUUGUUCCAUGGUUUGGACCAGGCGGUCGAGGCGCCCUCGCGGCAGUCGAAGUUGAGUCAGGUUGAUGCGAGGGCUCGUGUGGCGAGGGCCAGACUGGAUGUCACGGAGAGGGACAAUUUGAGGUUUCUGCUGUCGUAA